AAAAAAAUAUGUCUUGUGAUACAAUUGAACUCGAAGAAAUAAACGAAAAUUCAAUAUAAUAUAAACCAUGGGGCAAAUUAAUUUCAUUAAACUAAUCUCUCUGUGAGGAUUAUUAUUUAUCAGGUCCUGAAAUAACUAUAGGAAGAUCUGAUUCAUGCUAAAUAUAAAUAAAAGGUUUUUAAAAAAUUUCAUUAGUACACUGUAAAUUAAUAUAUACAUUACAAAAGAAGCUAAACAUAGAAGAUUUAUCUACAAAUGGUACAUUUGUUAAUGAUAAAUAAAUUGGAAAAGGAAAUAUAUACCAAGAUCUAAAAAGUGGAGAAGUUUUAUAUCUUUUACAUAAAAAUAAAGUAGGUUAGAAAUAAUGCUUAGGAUUUAUAUUUAUGAAAAAUGAAUAAAAUGAUGACAAUAAUUAAGUAAAUAUAAUAUAAAAUUUAAUAAAAAUAAAAAAACAAAUAUAGAACGAAAAAUUAUAAAAAUAUAACGAAAUAUAAGAUAUAGAAAAACUAAAAUGUGGAAUUUGUUAAAAUAUACUUUUUUAAUGCAUAACUGUGAAUCCUUGUCUGCACAAUUUUUGCGGAGGAUGUAUUUCUGAAUUAAUAAUAAAAGAGGACUAAUGCCCUUAAUGUAAAAAUCAAAUGACAUUUUUAAAAAAAAAUAUAAUCAUUAAUUAAUAAAUAAAAAACUAUUUGGAAUAAAAUCCACAAAAAAAACGACCAAAUCAUGAAUAUUAAGAAUUGAAUACUAAAAAUAAAAUUAAUAUAGAAACUUUAACAAUUAAUUAAAUUAAAAAAAUUGUUUCCUUAAAUAAAGUUAAUAAUAAAAUCUAAACAAAUAACUAUAAUUAAAAUCAAAACGAAGAUGAAACAUUUUCAAAUUAUUCAUAUUUAAGUGAAGAUAAUUAAAUCUUGUAAUAGGUCAAUCCAAAAGAUUGUAUAGAAUGUUUUAAAAUGAAUAAUAAUGGAUUUUAAUGCGGAAAAGAUCAAUAACAUUAAUAUUGCUAUUCUUGUGAUAGAAUAUUUCCUUAAAGAGAUGAUUUAGAAAAUUAAAAAUGUUAUUUGUGCAAAAAACCAUUUUGUGGUUUAUACUUAGGUUCUUGUGUUGGAAAAAAUAUUAAUUUAUUUUAAUUAAAAGAUGCAAAUAUUCCUGAAAAUAUAAUGGAUGAUGUUUUUAAAGGAAAUUUAGUUGAAUAUAAUAUAUUAUAAGAACAUAUAAAAUAAAAUAAAUAUUCAACAAAAGAAAUUUUCUAAAUAUAAUUCAUAUAAAAAUAGUCAUUUUCAUAUUAAAUAUCAAAUAAAAUAUCAAAUUACGUUGGAGAUAAAAAAGAAAUAAAAAUUUAUCCAGAAACAGCUUUAUGUACAGAAUGUUUUCCACUAUUAUGGAAUUAAAUCAUAUUUAGAUACUUAGAAAAUAUAAAACAAAAAUAGCAAUAUAAAAAACCUAACUGCUAUUGGGGAAUAAAUUGUAGAACAAUGAAAAAUAAUAAAGAUCAUGCAGAAAAAUACAAUCAUAUAUGUGAAUAAAAACGUUUUUGA